AAAAUCACUGUUUCCCAAUCCCUUUCUUAAAUCCAAGAAAUUACUCACAAAAAUUCGGUGUCCAAACAACAAUAUGUCAACGACACAGCAAAUCGGCAUUUUUAUCUCCCUGUUUCUCGCUACUGCAUCACCACUAAUUGCAACUGCAGAUGGUGGCAGAACUACCCCUCUGACAGCCUACGAUGUUCUUCAGGCUUACGACUUCCCCGUGGGUGUCCUUCCAUUGGGCGUGACCCACUAUGAAAUAAAUAGAGCCACCGGCAAAUUCAUUGUGUAUUUCAAUGGUUCGUGCCGUUUAUCCACUGAAGGUUCGUAUCAAUUGAAUUACAUGUCGAAAAUCAGUGGAUACAUCUCUAAAGACAAGAUUACCAGCCUUUCUGGGAUUGGUGUCAAAGUUCCUUAUCUUUGGGCCAACAUCGAUGAGGUCACAAGAAAUGGGGAUAAACUUAAGUUCUCCGUGGGAAUUUUUUCUGCUGAAUUUGGGAUAAAGAAUUUCUACAAAAGCCAACGAUGCAGGUGAGGGUUUAUUGAAGAGAAUCGACAAAGAGGGGGUAAUUGGAGUAAUUUUUGGGGUUGUAUUCAAUUCAGAUUUUUAUACACUUUUUUAAAUGGAUGACUU